UUUUUUUAAGCGAACUCUGCUUCCAGGUGGGGUCAGUCUUAUUCCUCUUGCCUUUACUGCUAUUUAAAUAAUGGAUGCUGUAUUGUUAAUUAAUGGCAAUAUCAAAUUUAAAGCCCUUGGAAGUGACAUAUUUAUUAUGCAGGCACGUCCAAUCUAUUUUUAACUCUUACGCAGUCUUCAUGUGUUGUGCAGUGGGCUUUGGCUGCUGAGUUUUUCCUUUUCAACAGGGAUAGCACUAGGCUGAUUUUCAACAAAUGUGACAAGUGGCCUUUGCAGUGGUCAGCUUUGAACCCUCAAAAGGGAAGGGGGGUGAGCAGGAAGCCCUUUGCUGCAGCUUAUUUAAAAAAAAAACCCACCACCCACCACCUUGGAUGAGGGCAUCUCUUCCCUCCCUGACAGACGCACACAAUUCUGUCCUUCCCAUUGAUAAGUUCGGCUAUCUUGAUCGCAGUCCAUUCAAGCAAGCUGCUUUUUGAAAAGAGCUAUUUAUUUUAUUUUUUUGAGACGUCUAAGAUUUCAGCGUCUCUCCCUCACUUUGUAUACAAAUGGCUGGGUGCAAUGCCGUGCUAAGACUUCAUUAAGACAUAUACACAGAUUUCUUCUUCAGGCUCCAGCCCUAGGGUUGCCGGCUGUUUCGGAUACAGUUGUUGAUGACCAUCAUGUCCCACUUAAAGGAUCUCAAAGACAACUUCCACAGUGACACAGUCCUGUCCAUCCUAAAUGAACAACGCAAUCGGGGUGUUUUAUGUGAUGUUACUAUAAUUGUGGAAGACACCAAAUUUAAAGCCCACAGCAACGUCCUGGCUGCUUCGAGCCUUUAUUUCAAAAAUAUAUUUUUGAGUCGUGCUGCAUAUAUUUCUGGACAUGUACUAGAGCUAAAUGACCUCAAGGCUGAAGUGUUCACAGAAAUACUCAAUUAUAUCUACAGUUCCACUGUAGUUGUUAAAAAGCAGGAGACUGUCCUAGACCUUGCAGCUGCAGGGAAAAAACUGGGAAUAUCCUUUCUAGAAGAACUUAUGGAAAAGGGGCCUUCAAAUUCUCCUUGCCCAUACUCAUUUUGCAAUAGUGAAAAGGGUGAAGUAAAAGAAGAAAAAAGACAAGACGAUUCAGCUAUCACAAACGGACCAAGAAUCACAAAUGCAUACUCAAUUUUUGAGACAGAAAAUAGUAAUAAUUUGUUUUCUCCUCUUGAUUUGAGAGCAAGUUUUAAAAAAAUUCCAGAAGCAAAUAAAGCACCCAGCACUGGUCAGGAUAGGAAUGGGGCUUGCAAAGAUGUGGAGCCAGCCAGCACAUUAGCGGAACAUUCCUAUGCUGUUACGACAGGUUUUGAUUCUUUUCAACGAAAUUCCUUUUAUAACAAUGAAAAUAGCGCAGCUUGUAAAAUGGGUGAAGAAGAACCUGAAGCUGUCCAGUCAAUGCCUCUGGCUGAAUCCGUAAUUCAAACGUAUAGUAUGCCAAAGGCUGCUUAUAACUCCCAUGACAGUGAAGUACCUGCAGCAAAGGGAUCAAACCACAAAGGAACCAGUGCGGAAGGUCACCACAAAGCAGUAAAUGAUCACACAAUUUCUUUUGAUAAAUCCCACCCAAAUGCUGUCCUCCCUUCGAAGGAAGAUGAAAAUAAAUCAGAUCAAAUUUCUGGAUCAGUAGUCAGUGUCAUUCCACAUGUCUAUAACUGCUGUACCAAACCACUUAAUGAUGGGACUCAGUUCUCCACUCAUCUUCAACUUCACCCACAGCCCCAAGAACCUUUAGUCUGCAGGUACUGCAGCAAACAAUUUGAAAGUGCUACUGGACUAGAGACACAUGAGCAAGUAUGCAGGGAAUUGGGCAGCUUGUGUGCUCCAAGUGAAAAUGAGCAGAGUUGUUUAGAUAAUUUUGCAACUUCUAAUGGGAAAACUGGCACCUCAUAUGUGAACCUGGAGCCUGCAAUGACAGAAAAUAAUCUUCCUGAUUAUUCGGUCACAAACUCCGCAAUGCCAGAAACAGACCACUUUGUUAAUGUCGUUGAUGGACAAAUACUUUAUACUUGCAAUGUCUGCAAACGGACCUAUGUCACCUUGUCUAGCCUCCGAAGACAUUCAAAUGUUCAUUCAUGGAGGAGAACUUACCCUUGCCAUUAUUGCAACAAAGUAUUUGCACUGGCAGAAUACCGUACCAGACACGAAAUCUGGCACACAGGAGAAAGGCGAUACCAGUGUAUCUUCUGCCUUGAGACCUUUAUGACGUAUUACAUACUCAAAAACCACCAGAAAUCUUUCCAUGCAAUUGACCAUCGGCUUGGAGUUAAUAAGAAAACGGCUAAUGGCGGCUUGAAGCCAAGUGUAUAUCCUUACAAACUUUAUAGGCUUUUGCCUAUGAAAUGCAAAAGAGCGCCGUAUAAAAGUUAUGGAAACUCACCAUAUGAAAGUGUGCAGGCAAAUGUCCAAGUUAAUGAAGUACCUUCUAGUACCUGCAUCGUUCAGAAUACUGUCACUUCUGAAAUGAAUUUUUCAAACACAGGCAUCUCCUUGGAAACAUCUUCAUGUAGGGAUGCAAGGGCAGCACCUGUGAACCCUCCAAAUAGUUCUUCCUGGGAAUCUGGUACAUCAGAAUCAGACCUUAAAAAUAAUAUUUAUACUACAGAAAGGCCAUUGCCUUUCACAGAACUUAACUCUGGUCCUCAGGAAUAUGAUCCCUCUCUUCAAACGUUUAGUAGUAGCAAUGCCAAUGAAAAUUCAACCUCUGUUAUUAACUACAAUAAUUCAGCACCCCCUGUAAUAGUGAACCAGGGCAGAGUUUCAUCUGUAAUAAUGCACAGUAACUCUGUCAAUGCAAUAGGAAGCAGCACUAUAGCAACCCCAGAUAUUACUGCCUGCCAAGGGGCAAGCAAUGACCACAUACAUGGGUCAGAUGAUAUCAAAAGCAAUGCUAGGACAAGAAGCAAUAAGGAAAAGAAAAAAGUACCACUGUAUGACAAAGAAGAGACAUCGGAGGAAUUAAAGUAUAUGACAAAUACAGAAGUCUCUGACAGACCCACUGGUAUCUUUGAACCUUCAAGUAAGACUGAAACCUACAUUGCAAAACCUGCAUUGCCAGGAACAUCUGCCGAUAGCAAUGUGGCUCCUCUGUGUCAAAUAACAGUUAAAAUUGGGAAUGAAGCCAUUGUAAAAAGACAAAUUUUGGGGUCAAAAUUGUUUUACAAAAAAGGAAGGAGACCUAAAUAUGAAUCCAGAGAAGAUCACGCUACUCAGGUUGUAGAACGAGAAAAGAGAGAGAGAAGUACGCCUCGGGUUUGUCGACCAGACUACAUUGAACUCAAUGAAAUGUGUGAUGAUGUAAGCGACCAUGACUCCAGUGAUAAACCGUGGCGCCCAUAUUACAAUUACAAACCAAAAAAGAAACCUAAACAACUAAGGAAAAUGAGAAAGGCAAAAUGGAGAGAGAAGUACAAAAGCAGAAAUUCCUACAGAGAAAGUGAAAAGCCAUGCGUCACAAGUUAUGCACUUAGGAACAUUCCUGAAGAAAAGGUCCCUAAUCAGGAAGAUGAUGGCGGAAUGCCGAGUCUUAACUGUGAACUCUGUAAAAGAGAGAGCUCCUCUACUGAAGGAGCCAAGGAGCAUUUACACUGGGAGAGAACUACUUCUGGGUCCUAUAUUUGUGAGCUAUGCCAAAAGGGGUUCCAGAGCCCAUCUGCUCUAAGGAUGCAUAUGCGAUGUCAUACAGGAGAGAAGCCCUACACUUGCAAAACCUGUGGAAAGAGAUUUUCAGUUGCAGGAAACUUGCAGAAGCAUGAACACACCCACUCAAAUGUCAAGGAGUUUGUCUGUCAGUACUGCAACAAGGCAUUCACUCUAAAUGAAACACUCAAAAUACACGAGCGAAUCCACACAGGUGAAAAGCGCUACCACUGUCAGUUUUGCUUCCAGAGCUUCUUGUACCUUUCUACCAAAAAGAAUCAUGAGCAAAAGCAUAAACGUGAGCAUAGCGGGAAGGGAUAUGCCUGUUUUCAGUGCCCAAAAGUUUGCAAGACAGCUGCAGCCCUUGGAAUGCACCAGAAGAAACAUUUGUUCAAAAGCUCCAAGCAAGAGGAUAGAAAAGAUUAUCCAUUUCAUGAAAGCACUAAGCCAUUUGCAAGUCAACACUUCAUUGACUCAGAUGGGCAUGAAACAGCUAAACCUUUACUAAGUCAAAAUGCAAUUGAUGCAGAUGGGCGUGAGGCAACUAGCAUUCAGAAUGAUACAUCAGAUGUUGGACUUUGAGUAAGAAAAACACACAACAGGCAAAGAAAACAGAAAGAAGAGAGACCAGAAGUACAAGUACUUAAUUAAUUAAUAGACAACAACAACAGUCUAGACUUAUGGAAGUUCUAAAACUUGAGGUAUUGCAUUUAAAUAUAUUUAAUAUAAUACAUGAAAAAAAUGUGCCAGAAAAAGCUAAAAUGAGAAUUUUAUAGAAGUAGACAUUUAUGUCUCAUAGAAGAAAAAAUAUGCCUAAUUUAAACAUGUUAGUAUAUUUAAGUGAUUUCCCAUUGAGGUGGAUUAUGACUAGUUUAUUAAGAGUCUGAACCAUUCAUUCUCAUAUAUGUGAGGAUGGAUUAUAAUAAAUCACUAUGUUAUUAAGAGUGUACUGCAAGUGUGUCACAGGCUUGUUAUAUAUUAGUGCUAUCAGGUGGAUAGCUUGAUCACACAGCUGGAGAAGGCAGACAGUCUACAGGGCUGAACCCUUUUCCUUCCCUCCCACUCUCAUCCCUGACCAGGCGUGUAUACAACAGCAGUCAGUCCAAAACUUUCAUGUGAAAAUCCAUGCACAUCUCCCAUAUACAGCUCUUCCUUUCUUCCCUAAUGACCUGGCAAAAGCCCUGGAACAAAAUGUUUUCCUGCUUAGAGUUCAAUCAGAUGUCCUCCUCUAAGAUACCAUAUUCCAUUUCUGCCACCACCCAGAUUUUUGUGUCAUAAUUGUCAUUUAACAUUCCAUGGCCACUGAGUGCACUCAAUUCCUCAACUGGCUGUUUUGGUUUCCCCCUCUAAUUCUGCUUUGUUUUGUACUUCUGCAAACCUUGGAGCUCCCCUGUGAUCCAUGCUGAUACCUCCCUCUUGGCAUGGAUGGGGCCAAAUAGGCUACUAAAGGAUCAGUAUUUGCCUCAGAACUUUAGAAACAGAGGGAACAAGUCUUGGAAGAUUCUUCAGCAAUUAACAUCCAUCCUAUUAAGAAAAUACUUGGUCUUUUCCAUUAGUUAUGCACUUUCAUUUAAUUGGAUCAGGCUUGAUAGCACUGCAUAUUGGGUAAUCUGAAGGGAAGGGUAAGCUGUCUUAAGAAUAGUAGAAAUAUCUUGUUUGGGGGAGAUGGGUUGUGUUUUCUUCACAAUCACUGGUAAGGCAUCUAGGGCUACAAAUUAAUAAUAGGGUUGAUAGGGAAAUAAAUAAAAAGGAGCCGAGGUCUCAAGAGAAAUAUUCAGGAAGACAAGAAUUUUAUUAAAUAUAUUAUUUCAGGAAAAAGAACGACAGACCUUUAAGAGAACAAGCCUAUGAUGGUGGAGAGAUUCUAUGGUAGAGCCACAUCUGAAGCCCAGCCAGCUAGCUGUGACCAUGCUGGGGCUAGCAAUGUUUAUUCUCUCUUUUUAUUAUUCCAUUUUUAAUUGCUAUUUCCCCCCCCCAUUGAUGCUAAUGGAGGGAAAUUGCUAUAUCAGCACCAGGGCUGGUGUAGUUUUGGGUCCUUUUCAAGGACAUGCCAGGGAAAUGAGAGGGCUUAGGACCUCCACAGCCUCUGCAAACAUAUCCUUAUCAUCAUCAAAUUUAUUACUCAUCCUUCACCGGCAGGUUACAACAAUUUAAAAUUAAAAAGUUAAAACAGAUUGCAAUCACAGGAAUAGGAUGGGCCUUGAAAACACAUGUCUCAAGUGCCACAGGCUAGGGCAGGCAUGGCCAAACCGGGCCCUCCAGCUGUUUUGGGAUUACAACUCCCAUCAUCCCUAGCUAACAGAACCAGUGGUCAGGGAUGAUGGGAAUUGUAGUCCCAAAACAGCUGGAGGGCCAGGUUUGGCCAUGCCUGGGCUAGGGUAAAGAGGUACCCCUGACACACGCCUGAAGCAUUCUGUUUUCCCUUACACUCUUCGCCCCCCCCCCACACACACUGCUGACAGGUCAUUCACACCCUUAGCAUUUUGCCUAGGCAUAUGGGUGGCCUUUGGGAGCCUAAGUACCACCUGCUAACAGGCAACUCUGAAAGCAGAGUGGCACUUACCGGUACUCAGCUUCCAACAACCCCUCCACUGGCUUCUGGCCAGCUUUAGGAUUGUCCUGUAGGGAUACAAAAAGGGAAAUAAAUACAUUUCAGAUUCUCAGACAAUAGAAGCCCACAGGGCUAUAUGCAACUACGGGGUCCUUUACCUUUACCUUUAAGCGUUAACACUAGUGCUAAGGGGUUCCCCACAGCUAUAGGUGCCCCAUGCUGUCCCGAAAUCUCUGGAGGGUUGGAGGGAAACCCAGCACAGAUUUAGGGGUAUGUGUGGUGGAGGAAAUAGGAGAUGGUUCCACUGCACAAGGAAAACUCAUUGUGCAAUGGCACAAUCUGCUUAGUGAUACAACCUUAUAGUCUACAUUUCAUAGAACAGGAAUGUUCUAAAGAAUACCACACCUGACACUGACCUUGUAUAUUAGUAUUUAGAUUCUCAGCUCCACUAAACAUGGAGAGCUACACUUACCUGCUUGUUUUAGGAGACAAUACACAGGAAAUAACUAUUUCACACAACUGAAACCAGUAUUAAAGGAAGUUAAUUGUGCCCUGGGUUGUUCUACAGCUGCUUUGGUUUGAGACUGUUGCAAUUAGGAAAUAUAAUUUUCAUGAGGUAUUUCAAAUAAGUAAAUUAUGACAUUUUCUCAAAUGACAUGUAUGCGAAUGAUUCUAAACCAAAGCCAAUAAUGUGUAAUAUUUAUACAUAGUAAUAAUUUUAUAAUUUUCUAUAAUUGUGCAAUUAAUAUGGGAAAUAAUAGCUUCUGUUAUGUUUGAGGGCUUUGUAUAUUUUGAUAAAACACAAUAACUUUGUAAUUCUGUAUGUUCUCUACAAUUUAUAGAAAAGCAGUUUUAAGAUGGCAGCAAUGUGUUUAUAAAUAUUGGAAUUAUGUAAAAAUAAUGAGUAAAGUAUUACUGACAAACUAGAAUUAAAACAAGGUAGGAAUGAUGUUACAUAUUGUUAAGGACAGUGGUUUGCUACAUAAUGGUAUCUGUAUUUUUGUUUAAAAAACUAUUAAAAUCUGGUGUUCA